UUUUCAUCUACAAUGACAUAUUAAAUACGGUCUAUCCAGCUGUGAAUUUAUAAAAAUUGCGUCUUAUUUCAUUGAAAAUUAAUUAAAUCAAUCAUCAAAGUUUCAAAGUUUGCUUGAAUUUCAAGAAGAAGUACUCAGGAAAUAUAAAAUGGCUUACGCUUACUUGUUUAAAUACAUCAUCAUUGGAGACACAGGUGUGGGCAAGUCUUGCCUAUUGCUGCAGUUUACAGACAAGAGAUUCCAGCCUGUCCAUGAUUUGACUAUUGGCGUUGAAUUUGGUGCUCGCAUGAUCACAAUUGAUGGCAAGCAAAUCAAACUGCAAAUAUGGGAUACAGCUGGCCAAGAAGCUUUCAGAUCAAUCACCAGAUCAUACUACAGAGGUGCGGCAGGCGCUCUACUAGUGUAUGACAUUACACGAAGGGACACCUUCAAUCAUCUCACCACCUGGCUCGAAGAUGCACGUCAACAUUCCAACUCCAAUAUGGUGAUCAUGCUUAUUGGAAAUAAAAGUGACCUCGAAUCGCGACGCGAAGUAAAGAAGGAAGAGGGCGAAGCGUUCGCCCGUGAACAUGGACUCGUGUUCAUGGAAACGUCGGCCAAGACUGCCGCUAACGUGGAGGAGGCGUUCAUCAACACAGCCAAAGAGAUCUAUGAGAAAAUACAGGAAGGUGUCUUUGAUAUCAACAAUGAAGCGAACGGCAUCAAGAUAGGCCCACAGCACUCGACGGCGGGCGGCGCCGGGGCGGGGGGCGCGGGCGCGGGCGGCGCGGCCGGCGGCGGCUGCUGUUAGGUGCUGCGCUGCACACACUGAGAGGGCUCACGAGGAAAGGUGCAGCUGUGUGCAACGAAAUCGGAUAUGGAACUUACUGCAUGCCGGAUUAUACAAUUAUUUUAUAUGCUACAAUAGGUUGCGUCUCUACUGUACCUAGUGCGGGCUCUGGUAAGCCUAUAUCUAGUGUUUUAUGUAAAAAUAUUCUACAGGUAUUAUUAUAAAUACCUAUUAAGAAGUAUAGAUAUGUUUGUAUGUACAAUAAUUUAUUAACCUUCCAGUGAUAUUUUAUUGUAUGUACGGGAUAUGGAAGAUGACAAGCAGUUUACUGCUUAUUAUAAUGGUUUUGUACAAUAGUCAAUACUUAUAGCAUAGGAAUGUUUCCAAAAAUGAAUUAUCUUGUCAAUGUCUAAAAUUUAGGACACACAAUAAUGGUACAUAUUAUGAGUAAGAAAAUGUUAUAAUCUUCCUCUGAUGUGUUUCUUUGCCUAUGCUCUAGUAUUACUGUUUCUAUUGACUAACAACUGAACUGCUGACUAUCUGAUAUGGUCAAUACCUGCUUGAUGGGAAAUUCACUAACUACAAUUCUACUGAAAAACUAAUUUAUCGAAGAUAAGAAGCAUCUAUGAUUUAGUGUGAAUUUCCAUAAAGAAACAUCUGAAUUCUGAACAUUCAAUAUUAUGGCCAUUAUGAUAAGCAGGUCGAUUUCUAAUAAUUCUUUUACAACUAUAACAAAAAAAAAACUAGUAUCCUUAUUUGUUAAGUGUGGCAGUAAAGUUAACUUCUCAUAUUCUUCAAUCGUUAGAAAUAAGAUCCAUUCAUAUUCUUACUAACUAUUAUAAUUACUAAGGAGGCAACUUGCGAUUGGACCAGGUGGAAAAUGUAUUGUAGUUUGUAUAUGUUCGAUGUUUCAUUGAAAGCUUUUAUGUAUAUUGAAUACUUUCAUGUUAUUCAUUUUGUGCAAUGACGCAUUUAUAUGAAGAAGGAAUGUUCAACUUGAUAAAUUUCUAUUCAAUUAAUCUAAACUUCUUCACUUUCAAAAUGCAACUGAUUAUUCAGAAUUGUAAUUUCUUCAUAUUAUUAUGCUAUUCUUAAAAGAUUUUUAUAAGUUUUAAUAAUAUAUAACAGAGUUAAACGGAGGAUAUCAACUUAUUUGUUUGGACAUAGAGAAAUAUUUAUUUAUUAUCUGUACAAAUAAGUUUCUUACUUCCUAGCAAAUUUUAUUUUAGAUAUACUUUAUUUUCAAGUUAGGUUUUAUUUUUACAUGCAACUAUUGAUAAUUGAUUUAAUAUUACCCGAGAACAAGUUUUACAAUAUCAAAGACUUAGAAUAUCUCAAUUCUAAACGUUUAAAUAAUGAUUUAAAAACAAUUAUAGCACAAGAAAUUGUUGUUAAUGUCAAUAUCUUGUAAGGACUAACAUUGUAUUAAAAGGACUGCUUGCAUAGUAAUUGAAGACAUGAAAAUUAUGUUAUUUUUAAGUUUAGCACAUUAUAAUGAUGUAGUAAUAUUUUAUAAGGUUACAAUGUGCGACAUAUUUGUAAAGCAUAAUUCAUGAAAUAAAUGUUGAAAAUGUA